GCCGCGGCCCGUCGUGCCGCGGGCGGCCGCCGGGGCGCCGCGCCGCGCCGGGGCCGCGCCGGGCCUCCGAGCUUUCUGCGCGGAGGCGGGCGCGAAUCCUCAAGCCGCGCCCAGCGAGGGCGACCUCGAGGAGCUCAGCGCGAAGGCCGCCGAGGCCCGGGAGCUGCUGUCGGACCUGGCCGCGAAGAGGCUGAGCUGCAAGGAGGACAGCCGUCAGGCGGCAAAACGGCACGAGACAGACUUGGUGAACGAGUCUAAGUAUGGGAUCACAAACUUCGCGAAGGCGAUGCUGCAGAUCCCAGACAACCUCGACCGCGCGAUAGGGAGCGUCAAGCAAGAAGACGUCGACCAGGACAAAGAGCUGCUCAAGCUGCGAGAUGGAGUCGUGCAGAUGCAGAAAGAAGUUCGACAGGCCCUUGACAAGUUCGGCAUAGUUAAGAUGGAUGCGGAAGACAAGCCUUUCAAUCCAGAGCAGCACGAAGCUAUGUUUGCCAUGGACAUGCCUGGCAAGGAGCCUAACAUUGUUUUCCACGUCAUGGAGCCUGGGUACAUGAUCCACGACAGGACGCUGAGGGCAGCAAAAGUAGGCGUGACGCGCGGCCCACAGUGAGCUUCUUUCGAGGUAGGGAACGCUGAGAGGGAGAGGCGGCAG